GGUCCGCCGCGAUGCAUUCUGGGAAAGCAGCAGCACCAGAUUCAAGAUGGCGGCCAGCAGGAGGCUGAUGAAGGAGCUUGAAGAGAUCCGCAAAUGUGGAAUGAAAAACUUCCGUAACAUCCAGGUUGAUGAAGCUAAUUUAUUGACUUGGCAAGGGCUUAUUGUUCCUGAUAACCCUCCAUAUGAUAAGGGGGCCUUCAGAAUUGAAAUCAACUUUCCAGCAGAGUACCCAUUCAAACCACCGAAGAUCACAUUUAAAACAAAGAUCUAUCACCCCAACAUUGAUGAAAAAGGGCAGGUCUGUCUGCCCGUCAUUAGUGCUGAGAACUGGAAGCCAGCAACCAAGACUGACCAAGUAAUCCAGUCCCUCAUAGCACUGGUGAACGAUCCCCAGCCCGAGCACCCCCUCCGGGCUGACCUAGCUGAAGAAUACUCUAAGGACCGUAAAAAAUUCUGUAAGAACGCUGAAGAGUUUACAAAGAAAUAUGGGGAAAAGCGACCUGUGGACUAAAAUCUGCCGUGAACGAUUCCAGCAAGUGUGAACAGAGACCCCGAGCAGUGCAUUCAGACACCCCGCAAAGCAGGACUCUGUGGAAAAUUGACAUGUGCCACCGCCUGGCGUUCGCUUGUGGCAGUUACUAACUUUCUACAGUUUUCUUAAUCAAAAGUGGUCUAGGUAACCUGUAAAGAAAGGAUUAAAAAUUUCAUAUGUUCUAGUUCUGCUUUCUUUGUUUUAAAAAUCACUGCUUCAAUCUACUUCAAAAGAAUGGUGUUUCUUUUCCUGUCCAAAUUUACCCCAAAUCUUCAAGUUAGUCCAGAAGGUUGGGAAAAAAAAAAAAAAAAGGUUGUGGUUCCUUUUCCUCUCCUGCCCUUGCAACUCCUACUUUCUUGCAUUUAGUUUAUUUUUCAAGUAAUUCACUUCCCCAGGCCCAAGUCUUAUUGCCUCCCUCUACAAAGUGGCAGUGGUGACUUUUCUUCUGUCACACUGCCCUGUGGGAGCUGGUUCAGACUUUUCCUGAUACCAGUUUAUAACAUCCUUUUAAAAAAAAAAAUGACAAUACAAGCAAACAUCCACACUCCACGCACAUACCUCCUCUCUUUAAAAAAUAAUAA